GACCAGUUGUCCAGAGCUCUUCACCAUGGGUGGGCCCCCUCGACCUUACAAGGCUACAACAGCGCAGUCAAUAGGUUCAUUCGCUUUUGCAAGAAGGAGAAAAUCCACCGACAGUUCUGGCUCCCGGCAGACGAACUGGUAUUGUGCGCCCUCGCGGCGUCGAGCGAAGGCCGUCACGCUGGUAGCACGGCGAGAAACGCUCUCGCGGGCCUCAAGGCGUGGCACGUAGCGCAGAACGCGGAGUGGAAAGGGGGCAAGCGCCUGAAGUACGUUUUAAACGGUGUAGAGAACCGUCGCCCGGCCCUCUCUCGCAGACCCCCGCGCCUCCCAGUCACUCGCAACUUACUACGCAUCUUAAGGGCCAACCUCGAUCUCGCAGACCCAGUGGACAUGGCAGUCUUCGCGGCCGUGUGCGUAGCCUUUUGGGGCCAGUGCCAUCUGGGGGAACUCCUACCGCCCUCGACAACCCGGGCCGCCUCGAAGAGAUCCCCACAUCGGGCCAGUCUCACCCCUCCUUCUCCCACCUCACCGUCCUAUGUCAUUCACCUCCCAUCCACCAAGACUCGUUUCAGCCAAGGAGAGGACGUCGUCAUCCUUCGGCAGCGAGGUUCCUCGGACCCCAUCCGGGCUCUUCGACACCAUUUGUUUUGGAACAACCCCGCCGAAUCCGAUCAUCUCUUCGUGUACAAGACCUCAUUCGGUACCCGCCCGCUCACCCGAAGAUUCUUCAUGAAGAAAUGCAACGCGGUCUGGAUCGAAGCCGGCCUUCCGAGGCUCACGGGCCAUUCAUUUCGCAUUGGAGGAACGACCGAGCUGCUGCUCGCCGGCGUCUCACCCGACAUCGUCAAGAAAGCCGGAAGGUGGUCGUCCGACUCCUUCCUCCGAUACUGGCGU